AUGGCGCCAGAAAUACAGAGACGUAAUCGUGAAGUUGAUCACAUUAUUUACAUCAAAGGAGAUGUGGGUCGGUUUUGCCCUGAACGAGUUCAAUCUCCUGCGGCCUUCAGACACAAUUCGCUUCACGAAUAUCGUCCUCUUCUAAAGUUCAAGGAUAGAAUCAGAAUCUGGCAGGUGCAGUAUUCCACCAAAGCAACACCUACAAGGAAACCUCAAAUAUUAGCAAAACCAAUUGAUGUGGGAACUUUAACAAAUGAAAUUCCUCGACAUGGUUCACAAUUCAGUGAAUUGGAGCCAGUGUCCAUCAUUGAACCUGUGGCGUCUACGAAAACAUCAAAGAAGAAAAAGACAAGAGAUGAUGACUGGAGAGAGAUGACACUUGAUGUUAAGAAGUUACCCCAGUACUACCUAAUGCUUUCAAAAAGCAGAUUAACAUCUCUUGUGGUUAUGACGUCAAUGGCAGGAUAUUCACUGGCUCCUGCACCGUUUGAUCUGUCGACAUUGCUCUUGUGUUCUGUUGGGACUGGCCUGGUGUCAUGUGCAGCCAAUGCAACGAACCAGUUUUUUGAGGUUCCAUUUGAUUCUCAAAUGGCUCGCACACGCAACCGUGUGUUAGUUAAGGGGAUGUUGACACCUUUGCAUGCAGUUUCAUUUGCUGCAGUAUGUGCAACCACAGGCUUGUCAAUUUUAUACUUUGGUAUAAAUGGAUUAACUGCAACACUAGGAGCUACUAAUUUAAUUUUGUACACCAUAGUAUAUACCCCAAUGAAACGAUUCAGUAUUUUGAACACUUGGGUUGGUGCAAUAGUUGGUGCUAUUCCUCCUUUAAUGGGUUGGGCAAGUUGUAUGGACUCCCUUGGUUCUGGAGCAUGGAUAAUGGCUGGUAUAUUGUAUGCCUGGCAAUUCCCUCACUUCAACUCCCUUUCUUGGAAUCUGAGACCAGAGUAUUCCAGAGCCGGCUAUCGCAUGAUGUCUGUGACAGAUCCAGGCUUAUGUCGUCGGACAACCUUGCGUUACACUGCUGGAAUUUUAGCAUUAUCUUGUGCUGCGCCUGUUUUGGAUGUUACAAAUUGGUGGUUUGCUUUGGAGUCAAUUCCACUUAAUGCAUAUUUUACUUAUUUGGCUUGGCAAUUUCAUCAGAAUUCUGACAGUGGAACAUCCCGCAAAUUGUUUAGAUUUUCUUUGGUUCAUUUACCAAUUUUGAUGAUAUUGAUGCUUAUCAACAAGAAAGAAUGGUCAUCUAAGAAGCAAGAAAAUGAUGGGCAAGACGGUAAAUCCUGACAAUAAAUAAAAAUUAGCUGUUUCAAUUACUGAGUAAUGUUGUGAUAUUUGUGACUUAGAGGCAUAUGUAGUGCUCAUAGUCAGCAGAUUGGUUAAAUCUGCCAUCACAAGUAUUUGUUUUCUCAUUGUGUUCCUUUUAAGUACAACUAAAUGUACUUACACAAUUAAUUUAUGACAGUGAUAUUUGUUUGUAAAUAAUUUCAGCUGACUUAGUUUUAAUGUGUACAAAGCUCUUUGUGAAUAUUGUAUAUAGCACCUGGAAAAACUAUUAAAGAAUCUGUUUUAAAAGUUGAUUAUUCUAAAAUUCCUUCUAGUUGUUGUAAUGGGCCACACUCCAAUACACUUUACUGCAUUGAGUUUAUAUAGCCAAUAUUCGAACAUGAAGGUUAAGCCCUUGUAUGAAGAUAACAAUAUAAAAAACUUUGUUUAUAAUGGUGUUAUUCACCAUUAAGAGUAUGUUUCAAAAGGAUAAGUUUGUAAAAGAUGUGUUGGUUUCUUUGUCUACUGCCUAGGGUGACACUGUUGAACAUGUAAUAGCUGGUGCUGACCAAAUAAUGCAAUACUAUUUGAUUGACAAUACAAAUUAAAUAAUUAAAAGGAGCAUUUUUGAAGGCAUCAGCCCGUCUGAGAAUUUAGGUACCAUCCAUAAACCCCCCAAUCUAAUAACUGGUAAAAAAACAUAUUUUUUAUUAUCUUGAUUCUAUGAGUUUAUUUUUAUUUUAUACUUCUUGAAAAGUUCUUGUUCCAGUUAAGAAUUGUAUUUCGGUAAACUAAUGAAUUUCUGAAAGGUUCUCAAAAUGUUGUCAGGCUGAAGUACAUGACAGAAUAAUAAGUAACAAUGUGAAAAUGUAAUAUUAAAUGAUAAAACAGGAUAUCAUGAUUAGGCAUCAUGAAAUUGAUGUUUGAAUUAAGAUAUUUCAUUUAUAGAAAAAAACAUUAUAACAGAAUUAGGCAAUGCAAAAAUGAAAUUUUAUGAUUUUCAAUGAAUGAUGACAUGUCAGAAGGAAGUAAAAAAUGAUUAAGAUCGUUGAUGAAAGUAAUUAAUCAUCUUCAUGAUUGGCAUGAAUACUGGGCGUUGCAAUGUCUGUAUAUAGCAAGAGAAGCAAGUGAGCAAAUUCCUUCGGUAUAAUGUUAAGAAGCUAACAACAAAGCUCUUUCUGGCUGAAGAUCUAUUGUCAGUUCUAUGGCUUAAUCAAAACAAAUUUUGAGUUUAUUGAUAUUACUGAACGGCCAGUGACAACGAGAUGACCUGUUAUUACUCGCACAACUUUUCUUGAACGAUUACUUUGCUUCCCCUUCUCUGGC